CAUUCCUCUACCUUCUUUACUGCAUUCGAUAAUUAUGAAGUUUAUAUGGCUAAUGGAUGGCUGGAACCUUCUUCAGCUAAACUUUCAUAUUUGCAAGUCUGCACCUUCUGUCAAACUUGCGCAAACUGAAACCUUACUGAUUACAAAAACGUGAAAACAAAUUAACAGUAUAGAGAUACACUUUGUAACGACCGCUGCUGUUCUUGCUUCAAAAGCUUGAUUUUAUGUUUUUUUUUCUUUCUGAGAAAGGAACAACUUACGAAAAGACGCGAAAAUAUUAAUUUCGUCCUAUUGUGCUGUUUUGCCCCCAAUCUAACGAACUCUGGUCGUUAAUUCCCUAUAACUUAUUGAACAGUCAUGUCUUUCUAGUUUUUUUUUUCAUAGUAUCUCUGUUUUUGUUAUUUCCAUUGGUCUGUUCCAUGCUCUGUACAAUUUGUACAAUUUCAAAAAACAACUCUAUAUUAUUAAUACCUCUUUUAUCAGUGAACCUAAAAGAUGGGUGACAUUGAAGAACGAAGAGCCGCACGGCUACGUGGUGCUGGACGUUACCGUGUUUCAGAAACCGAGUUCGCUCUUGAUCCGAACCUGCUAAAGCAGCUCGACUCUUCGUCUCCUGUCGCUAGUGAAAAGGCGGAUGAAGAAGAUUCUCAGAAAAAAGACAAACAUAAUGUCUCAAUGAACAUUGAUACCGCUCCUCUUUCUCGGAGCGAACAGGCUUCUACUCCCAGCUCUUCCAACCGAAAACGAGUUUCAGAAGAGCAACUUGAUAUACCAUCACAUGUCAAAAAGAGUUCCCCGUAUUCUGCUCGGCAAACAGCUCGUGGGGGACCAGCGUCUGUUCAAAAAAAAAAGGUGCUUGAACGGAGGCGACGAACACUGGAACGUUCCGGAGAGCUUACGGACCAACUAUCUCACGAUGGUGAGUUUAGUUUUCAGUUUCGCAGUCAAAUUGCUGCUGAUAAAUCGUCUUUACAACCGCCAGUUCAAACGAGUACUCCACUGCAGGUAGAGUCAUCGCCAAAGUUAAGCAAACCGCACUCACCAAAUCUCGAGUUACAAGAUCGUUCGAGAUUACAGUCUACACCCAUUCCGUCUGAACGAAUUCCAUCGCCACCCACAGCCGUAAGCCCAAAACUUGCAAGCUCUCCGUUGCUUAUCGGACCUACCGCUGCUUCCCUUAUUGAGGAAAUUACUGGCCAUGUACCUGAUACGUCCCAAAAUAGCUUGCCAUCAGUAAACAACACGCUGUCUACUGUCCAAGAAAGUGCGAGCAAUGCUUCAUCAGAUCAACCUGUUGUCACAAAGGAGCAACCUCCAACAGCAUUUCAGCGCACAGUUGACGCCGCGGGCGACGAACGGACGCCUUUGGAAGUUGUUCAGUUUGAACUUCAAAAAUUACACGGGCUUAAACGAGCCACUAAUGCACUUCACGACAUGGAAGUUGUCCAUCAGUACAUAAAGGAAUCUCUUGAAGAAGAGGUUCCGCCAACUACGUUCUUACUGAAAGUUAAAAACGCAUUUGCACAGCAAAUCAUGCUUCGGUUUACGGAGCUUACAGAUUUGCUCGAUACACAGUCUUUACUUCUUGCAAAUGCACGAAAGGCAGCUCGUCAAAAGCUAGCACUACAGCGUGAAUUAGCAGCCGUUCGGGACGAAAGAAUUACUAUAUCACAACGAAAACUGGACCUUCGUCGUGAGUAUCGAGAUCUUAUAUCAAAAGAGAAGGGCUUAAGCGAGUUGGAUAGCUUUGUGAGAGAAGCUGAACAAUUGAAAAGAUUCGCUGCGGAGCUUCCACAGCCAGAUUCCUCAAAAGCAUUUGGUACUGAAGAAGGUGAUGACUGCAUUUCGAAUUUGACACGUUUUUCCGAGCUAUUCGCCAAAGGUGCUGACUUUUCUUCUCAGUUUUCUCAGCUAGUCCAAGCUUCCAAAAACAUGUUUUAAAAACUAACGAACCUCUCAACCUAACAGUCUUCUCCACGGUGACCCUUUCAUUGUCAUUGAUGAAGACAUUUGUGUAUAUUACCAAUUUUAUUUCCCAAGUUUUUCUCUAUUUUCCUUUUAAUUAUGCCUAAUCAGAAACGCUCAUUUAACCAUCCUUACAAAUGCUUUAAAUGUUUUAAACUAUGUAUACUAUGAUUUUU